CGUGACCACAACGCAACCCAAAUCCCCUCUCUUGACUCUUCGUUUCUCUGUCCCUUCGCUUCUCUGCUUCUCACUCCUCGGAUUGAUUCGGAUUUCUAGAGGGAGAGAGGGUCUCAGAGAGGAAGGGUUUCAGAGAAUAUAUACAGAGGGGAUUAGGAGAUAUAAAGGACAGGAAGAGAGAGAGAGGAGUGCGAAUGUCGAAGAAGAAAGCUACGAUGACUCUCAAGGACUUCCAUGGCGGUUCGAUUCCUUCGGAUCUUCCUCUUCCUUCCGCUCCUGGUGUAAUCAUGAGGCAUUUGGAUCGUGCUGGUUUCGAUCGCCAAACAUCAUGGGUAAACCCUAUGGGAAGGUCUGAUCACCGGUUGCGACCUAAUUCAGCUGGGGCAGGAAGACCCUUUGGUGAUAAUCCGUUCCUCACACAUAGUGCACACAUUGGCCGGAAUUUUGAUGAGGAUGAAAGGAAGCCAAUAGAUGGGGUAUCUGGCCCACGUCGAACAGUGAGUGAUGAUAGUCUUCGUGCUCUGCCAAGUGGUGUGGAGCCGCGGUCAGAUUCUUCAGCCACUGGGAGAGUACCUGGCCGACCGGUUACAACUCCUGUGUCUCAGUUUUCAUGUGGUAACACUAGUUCUUAUGCGGCGAGGGUUAGUGAAGCAACUCAUGGAGGAGUUAAUGCUCAGACAUUCAGUGGUAAUGCUGUUUACGUGGGAAGUGAGGUGAGUCAUGUGGGAGUCAAUUAUCCAAAUGUGGGUGGUAAUAGCGGGCAAACUAUUGCUGGGUCAUAUUCAUAUGCUUGGGGACUGAGGAAGGAGGUGGAGCCAGCAUGGUCUGCUCCAGAUUCUGCAUCAAAAUUAGCACAUGCCAGUGCACUUGAUAAGGUCUCGUCGGGUAGGUGGCACACAAAGCAACCACUUCAUAGUCAUGCGGAUGCUGAGAUCAUUAAACCUUCUGAAACAGAGAGAGAAGCUAACGUCAAGGGAAAUAAUAUGUGCAAUAUGAAUACCUACAAUGUGAUGGAUGGGAGGGACUAUCAAGAUGUGACAUUGGCCAGACUUGCUGAGAGGAGUUUGACUUUUGAAGAUGGGACUCAGGGUGGUGGCAAGGAGGUAGCAACCUAUGAAAGGGUCAUAUCUCCUAUAUAUUCAGAGGCAAAAGAGAGGAACCCUCCAAUUUAUGCUGAUGGUGUUCAACAACCUCGUAGUGUUGUCAAAUUUGAUGGGCCGGAUUUGCAAUCACCAGUUCCUUCAGAAACAUCAGAGCGACCCAAGUUGAAGUUACUUCCGAGAUCCAAGCCAUUGGAGAAUAUGGAACCAUUUGUUGAUCAUAAGCUGGAAUACCAACAGCCAGUUGAUCCUGUUUUUGUGGAGAAUGAAAGUGGAUCCAGUGGAAAUACAAAUAUCAUAAAGCCUGGAUUAGGUGGCUUUGAGAGUGGGAAUCAGGAUGCAGAGCGCCCAAAAUUGAGUUUAAAGCCUCGGUCACAGCCUAUUGAACAAAUGGACCGAAAUGUUGUAACAGGAAGGAAAACAUUGUUUGGUGGUGCUCGCCCACGAGAGUUGGUUCUAAAAGAGCGUCGUAUUGAUGAUGAAUCUGUGAACGAUCAUGAGCUGGGUCAACCUUCCAACAGGGUUAGAAAAGAUAUUCCCAGGAAUGAAACAGUUCCCAUACAGAUGGCCACUCGUCACAAUGAAAUACCUGAGAAUACUUCACUUGAUCAUAGGAUUGGAAAGAAUCCUGAUAGGCGGGAUCACCGUGUAGAUGGUGAGAGAGUUGAUGUGCCGAGGAACUGGAGAAGCGAGAAUCGAAGGAACGGUAGGGAAAUCGAGAAUCAGCAGCACCAGCACCAGCACCAGCAUCCACAAGAGAGACCGCCCUCCCCAGAAACCUGGCGCAAGCCUGUUGAACAGCCAAAAUCAGCAUCCCUUGAUUCUCCUCGAUUGCGCUAUGGGAAAGCUGCUUCUGCAGUUGAGCUUGCACAGGCCUUCUCGAGAUCAAUAUCUGAUCCAAAGAUAGGUGAUCGAAUUUCUGGCCAGAGAGGCCCUCCAGCCGGGGAACAACUGCCUUUCUCUCGACUGCUGGGUCCAACAACAAGGCCUCAUAUAAAUGGUUACUGACCUCACAUACGAGGAGAUUGUCACCGGAUAGUUGGGUUCAACUGGAACAAGAAUGGGUCGGCAUUUGCAAGGUCUGGAAAAGUUACUUAUUCUGCAAACUCUUGAUCGUUUUUAUUUUUCCCCUUCUACAUGCGUGCUGUCAGAGUGCGGAUCCAAAAAAAUAUCACCGAAAAACAAGAAGCGAAAAUGAAAGAAAACAAUAAACGCGAUAUACUUUUCCAUUUGACAAGUUGACAAGAAAAAUCUCUUCUAUUUGAAAGGAUGUUACUGAUUUGCUGCUGUCAUUGCAUUUGGUAAUUUUUAGCAAUGGUGGUGGAAUUCAUGGUUUAUAUUUAUGAAGUGUAAGAAAAUAUUUUGAUGCUAUCUUGGCCUGGGAUUGGUGGAAUUCCUAAUUCAUGGUUAAUUUUAUUGCUGGUUUCAUUUCAAUGUCAUCGGUGUGUGAUUGGUUUAACUGGAAG